ACCCCCCAGCCAUGUGUCCAGAGCACCCUGAGAGUGGACCCUGGGCCUCCCUUGGGACCUCCCUGGGUGCCUGGUGCACAGUAGGUGUGCGUCAGGGUUUACCGAAUGGACUAGAGGCUCGGGCACCCUGUGAGCCUCCCUGGGACCCUCUGGGUGUGGGGGGUAAAGGCUUGGGCCCCGAGUCCCUCUGGGGCAGAAUACAGCCUCCUGCCAGGCACCCUGGGUGGGCUGUAGCCAGCCCUUGCUCCCUUUUCCAACCUGGUCUGUCCUGCUGCCUGCGUGUGGCCCCCUGAGCAGCCCAGCCCCUCCUCUCCAGCGGGGCCUUGGCAACCCAGCCCUCAUUGGCUGCACGUAUCCUUGGAGACGGUCCCCGCAGAGCAAACAGGCCACAGGGCUCCAGGCAGAAUGGUUCCUCCCUCCGCACCCUGUCCCCUCCCACUGCCAUGAGGGAUCUCUGCACCACCCAGAGCCAAGCCUGCUGGCAAGAGCGCAUCCAGAAGGAGACCACAGCCCGGGUCACCUGGAAUAUCAACUAUGGCCACAAGUACCUGAAGGAGGGGCCCGUGCCCAGGAAGCGGCUACAGCGGGCCCCCCUCAGGUUAGCCUUGGGAGCAGGGCCCUUGCCUGCCACCAGUGCCCCUGAGAGCAAGGAAAUACAGGAUGGAUGGUCAGAGACCAAGGGGGUCCAGGAUCAACUGUCCAGGGGAGUGGGCGUCCACGGCCCCCCACCCAAGGGAGAGAAGGCCUGGGAGGCCCAAAGAGCCCCUCAGGGGCCCGCAGUCCAUUCCAGGCCAGGGGGCUUAGAAAUGAUGCAGGUCCCCGCCAGCACCUUGCAGCUGCUCUUCCAAGGCAUCUCCCACGAUGGCCAAGGCCGGGCCUCGUACCUCCGUGAGCGGCAUCGGCAGAAGCCAGAGGAGAAGUUUCUGUACCCGGUCUUGUCAUCCUGGGAGUACGGCUGGCACAUGGGGGACAUCAUGAAGGACCCCAGGGCUCCAACGUAUGCCAGGUGCCAGCCCAUCUCAAAGACCUUUUACAUCAAGAGUAGCGUCUUCCAUUUUCCACGGCGAACAGACCAGCUAAGCUGAGCUCAAGGGGGGCUCAGAGGCUGCUCCUGCCUUCUCCUGCAGUCUGUCUGGACCCCGCUGCGCAAAGACGCUGCCGCUCCACCCACCUUCCCUCUGUUUGUCCGGCCCUGCCUCCUCUGUGGAGCAUGAGGGGACAUGAGUGCUUUUCUCUACCUCUGGGACUUAGGGUGGCCCACCUGCAGCCUCUUGGAUGUCCUCAGGGACCUUAGCUCCUUGCACAGCCCUGCCCCCACCAUCACCAGCCAAGUGUGGGAUGCUCGCUGCCCUCCCAGUGUCCCAGCAGCAGAGCAGGGGGGCAGGGGAGGGGAUCGCUAAGUGGAGGAGAGGAGUAUCUCCCUGUCUUGACUCUCUCUAUAUUUUAGUGAAGGGACCCACAGCCGAAUUGCUUGGUCCCAGUGUACCCCCCCAGUUCAAGGGGGAAGUGGUUUCCAUGUUUACUUACUAUUUCUCUCACUGUCCCCCACCUCCACCCCGAAGAACCUGCAUGGGUCAGGUUUGCCUUGUUUUUGUAGCAAA